AUGGGCCAAUUAUCUCAACCAACCAUCCGUUUGGGGGCGUCGAUUGGCGAGCGAAUUGAGCAGUUAAAGCUCGUAUUGAACGAGCAUCGUGCUAUGAUGGACGAGCUGCAGAAAUCUACGAGCGAUGAAAUCCAGUCCAUUCUGGAAAAGGAAUCUAUCAAGCUGACACAAGCGUUUGUUUCGUCUGAGCGACGCGAUGCGGGUCUGAAUGCUGUACAGAUGCGCGAUUGGUUUUUAAAAAAUAUGGGCUAUCCAUUCCCAUCACGGAGUGAUAAGCUGAGAAUCCUAAAAACGACAAAUCGCCAGGGUGCUGUCAAGUCACAGGUAUUAAAGUACAAUCAGGUUGUGCUCUGGUUCAUUAACACGCGCCGGCGCUCUGGGUGGACCAAGUUUCUUCGUCGCUAUGCCCAAGGCGACAAAACCAAGAUGCUGGAGCUGGUUUGGGCUCUCGAAACAUCUGUUGGGGGUACGCAUGCGUCCCGUUACUGGUCUUCGGGGAUCGGUCCCGUAAGCGCGACCAAGAUACGCGACGGCAAGAAAGAACGUAAGAUUACAAGAAUGACCAUCAAAGAGUACAUGCCUAAUGCGAAUGAUUAUGAGCUAGAAAAAAUGUACUCGGAAUGGAAAAAGAUCGUCGAGCGCAUUCGCUAUGGUGUAAAGGAGCGUGUGGGCGACUGGGUAGAGGAAGUGAUCGGCACGUCGAGCGACCUGUGA